CCGCAGGAAGAUCGUCCUUCUCUGUCGUUGUAUGAUGGCAGCAGGCUCCAUGGACGACGAGCAGGUCGAGGUCGAGGAGUGUGGCAAUCGCAUUCUUCUGUGGGCUUUUGGCAUUCGGAGGCGCCACGACAUGAGCUGAAGUUUAUUCGGCAUGUCGUCGGGCAGUUUGGUGGGUGCGAUUGUGGAAUUUGGGUGAAAGAUUCCGGCGGCAGUUGGUUGGCGUGGAGAUGAGGAUGGUGGGAUGGGUCGAGACGACGAGAGAUUGUGGAAUAGGGAGGCGAUGGGGUUUCUUUAGGUGAGACGAGGAAGAGGGCGGCAAGCGAGAGGAGGCGGAGGACGAGAGAGUGAUCGAGUGCCGUCGGUCGGAGGGAGAGAGGAGAGCCUGGAGCGGCGGGGUAUGGAUAUAAGACAGGUCGCCCUGGGCGCGGCUUUCGGUGCUGCGGUGGCCGUGAAUGCUGCAUUACAGUCGCUCCAAGAUGCCGUCAGCUUCCUCAUUCACAGUCCCGGUCCCAGUUCCAGAAGUCGGCCCGUGGAUCUUCUGGACGCCACCACUCGCGAUGCGCGUAAGCGCCCUCUGAGUUUUGUUGAUGAUGUGGACGACGACGAGGACGAUUUUGACGCUUUCAAGAACAACGACGAAGAUGAAGCCCGUUAUUGUCCCGCUCUCCCUCCUCUGACAGACCAUCUUUUCGAGCAUGAAGGUUUCCUGGUUUCUCUAUCAUGCUGAAGAAAACGUGCAUUCUGUACAUAGAGCGGAAAUCUCUCUCGAUAAAAGCAUUUGCCAUCCAUUUAAGAAUUUUUACUCCACAUUUGAACGUUGUGUUAUACAUUGUUUUAAUUAGUCGUAGACCUAAACAUUCAACUAGAUUAAUUGGUUGGCAGUAACGCAGACAGUGCUAGCCUUGACGGCCGACAUUGACCAUGAUCUAGUGCAUACCUUGAUCUUUUUCGUCCAAAACCUAAAGAAGUGUGAGGAUUACAGCAAACGGUAUUCUUGCGUAUACUCCAUGUCGAACAUUCACUGAAACUAAUCGAACCCAUACCCUGGCAUGAAUUCGUGUGGCC